CGCUGAUAGGAUGGCGACGGGGAAGGUUUGGCUUUCAUCUCUUCGUAACUUUUAUGAAAAAUGAAUGCAAAAGUGUCGCAGUUUGAGGAAGUGUCUGAAACAGCGUGGCGUUUAGUGGCUCGGGAUUCCAAACUCAGCAGCAGGCUGGUGAUCACCUCAGUGGCCCUUCAAGAUCACAUCACCAGGAACCUCCUUGAGCCCGAUUUCUUGCUUUCAGACCCGCUGCUGACCUUCAGAAGCAAAGCGCACGCAAUUCCCCACGCAAGACAGACAGGGACCCAAAGGGAUGCUCCCCGGAAACUCGGACAAGAGCGAGAAUACGUGCUUGAUCCCGUUUCGCCACCUCUAACGUUAGCUCAGAGGAUGGGCUUGGUGGACUCGCCCCCGGAGAGGCUGAGCGAGGACGGGUGGAUUCUGGUGAAGGCCAGGUCCGUCCAGCAACGGGAAUCCGAGCAGCCGUGCUCGAUAUGCCGGGAGCCCUUCUGCCUUCAGCCUCAGGUGGUGCUGCUGUCCUGCUCGCACGUCUUCCACCGAGCGUGCCUGCAGGCCUUCGAGAGGUUCUCCGGCAGGAAGUGUUGCCCCAUGUGCCGCCGGGAGCUGUACGAAACGCGGGUCAUCCACGACGCCGCGCGCCUCUUCCAAAACCAGUGCGCCGUCAGAAUUCAAGCGUUCUGGCGAGGCUACGUGACCCGGAAGUGGUACGGGAACAUUCGGAGAACCGUCUGCCCCAACGACAAGCGGCUCCGGCGCAAAUUCUUCGAAGCGAAGUUGCAGGAGCUGAGCGACAGCUUUGUGCAACGCUGUCACAUCGACGCUGAGGCGUUUCUCAGCGACAUCGACCGCUCGCUGUCAUCGAGCCGCCGAGUGUUACGGCAGCUGGAGACGAAAAAACACGUCGCCGAGCCUCAGGAGGACGACUGGGAGCGCAUACAGACUCAGGUGACUCAGCGCGGGGCCAGCGACUGCCCCAUCUGCCUGACGGCGCUGUGCGGCCCGGGGUCCUCUGGCUCCGGCCUUCACCAACGACGGAGACACUCAGUUCUCUUGUCUUGUUCCCACCUUUUCCACCAAGUCUGCCUGAACGCCUUCGAAGCCUUCACCGCGGAUCGCGUCCCUGCGUGUCCCCUCUGCAGAUCCACCUAUCACAAGAAGCUCAUCUGAAGCAGCUCACAUCCGAGGCGCAGGGGACGGAAUGUCACGAAGCGAAAUGGCCCUCGGCUUCCAUUUGCAGCGCCUGCCAGACGCCGCUCGGGUUCAUCAAGUUGCCCGCCAAUCCCAUUCACCUUUCAGCAGUCGGGCCGU